AUGAAACUUUUCAUGUCAUAAAUAUAUUGCUAUAAUACAUUACACAUCCGAUUUUAAGGUUUAAUCCCUAGCCACAACUAGUGCAAUAGAAGAAAUGGAAAAAAAUAAAAUUUUGAUUAUUAAUCUUGGAAUUAUUAUCUGGGAAAGUGAAACUUAAAAAAGCCUUCAACCAAUGCUGCUGCAUUUUUCGUCGCCAAAUCUCGGACUCAGUUGUGUAGAACCAGUGAGGCAGAAAGGCACCGACCUCGAUUCAUCAAGCUUCUUCAUUUGAUUAUUUAGCUUGGUUCAAAUACUGGUGCAAUUAUUCGUUUAAGCUAACCUGAUCCUAUUAUGGAGGAAGAAAAGAAGAAGAGAAAAAACAAGAAGAAGAAGAAUAAGCAAGCUACUAAGACGACAGAAAGUGUCACACUUGAUGCUAGCAAAUCGACUUCCGAUGGCCAAAGCCAUGCUAUUGAGGUUGAACAAAAUUGUAACUGUGAAGUAUCAGGAGUUAAAGGUUCGUCAAACGAUGCUCUAGGGUGUAGAGAUGUUGACAGCGGUUUGAAUCAUGCCAAUGGCAGUAAAGAAGACUUUCCUGUUGAUUCCCAGGCAAAUUUACCCAAGUCUGAGAAGCAGUAUUGGCUGGGCAGAGAGGCUAGUUUUCUUGAAAAAGUUAAAGAACUUGAAGCUGAAAAGGAUGCCCUAAUACAGAAAGAGGGUUCCCUAGAAGAGAAAAUCAAUCAGUUGUUGCAGGAAAAGGCUGAAAUUGCACAAAAAGAGGCCAGUGAAAGAGAAAAGGUCAAACAAUUACGUAAUGAGAAGAAUACAUCCAUACAGAAUGAGGCUCUGCUGGAGGAGAGAAUCAAGCAGUUGCAGAAGGAAAUGGAUGAAAAUGCACAGAAACAGGUAGCAGUUAAUUUGCCUGUGGAUGCCUUUAAUACGUAUAAAGCCAGUGAAAGAGAAUAUAUCAAACAAUUACAAGAUGAAAAGAAUGCAUCCAUGCGUAAUGAGGCUGGCCUUAAGGAGAGACUUGUGCAGUUGGAAAGUGAAAAAGACGUCUGGAGCCACGAUAAGAGUAUUCUGGAACAGAAUAUUCUACAGUUACAGAGGGAGGUUGAAGUUUACCGGCAGAAAGAGGCUAGUCUAGAAGUGAAAAUUCUGCAACUGGAGGGUGAGAAGAAUUCAUGGGUCCAGAAAGAGUCCUCAGCCGGGAAAUCUGUUGCCAGCCUUACUGAUGAAAUUAUCAAAUUACGAGCUCGGGUGAUAGAGCUGGAGAGUUCAAAGGAAGGUCUCCUAGACGAUAAACUACAGUUGACACAAACUGUGUCCGGUCUACAGUUGCAGAUCAGUAAUCUUGAGAACGCUGCUGCUAUUCAUCUGUCAUCUGUGGACAACAAAGUGACUUCUGAAGAUGGGGAUGCGAACCGCCAGCUGGAAGCUGCUUGUGCACUGGUUGAGAAAUUGGUUUUGGAAAAUUCAGAGCUCGUUGAAAAGAUAAAUGAGCUGAAUGCUGAGCUUGACCAAAGGGGCAUAGGAAGAGGCCAGAUUUCUUCUGAAGCCACUCGAGGGGCUGUAACACAUCAAUAUGCUGAUAUCUCAGCUUCUGCACCCGAAUUCACAAUGUCGGUUAAUGGUGGCCACAAUGCUAAUCAGGCAACUGAUUUAAUAUCUAAAGCUAGCAAGACAAUGCCCGCAUCAGAGUUUUUUGAAGAUGCCAUUGUUGAGAAUCAGAGGAACAGUCAGCCCAUGAAUAUUUAUGAUGGCCGUGGGCUUGAAAAAUCAUCAGAAAUUGUAGAGGUCGACGAAAUCAGGCAUAUCCCAUUAGACGAGACUGAAACUAAAGAAAAGAAUGUGGGGUUGCCUCAGGAUGAUGACGUUGGACUCGUUGAUUCCCCUUUGAUUGGUGCCCCAUUUCGUUUAAUAUCCUUUGUUGCUAGAUAUGUUAGUGGAGCUGAUUUAGUCGAUAGUAACUGAAAAAUUAGGAUAUUGACGCCCACCUCAGGGUUAUAUAAAUUUCUACAAUUUUCAACAGGAA